GUCCCUCGGACAAAGCGCAUCACCGAUCCACGGAAAGAGCCGAAUUUGUCAGCUCGGUCAUGUGAUCAGCUGUGUUCAAUCACAGCUGAUCACACUGAUCAUCAGGACACUGAUGAUCAGUGUGCCCUGAUGAUCAGUGUAGCCCCAGCAGUGCUACCUGUCAGUGUCCAUCAGUGCCACAUAUCAGUGCCUACCAGUGCACAUCAAUGCCACAUAUCAGUGCCUACCAGUGCACAUCAAUGCCACAUAUCAGUGCCUACCAGUGCACAUCAAUGCCACAUAUCAGUGCCCAUCUGAGCUGACUUUCAGUGCCGCCAAUCAGUGCCAUAUAUGAGUGCCCUUAUCAGUG